AGCUGAUCGAAACCAGCAAAACGGUCAGUUUGAAUUUUGUAUUCGUCAGUUUCAUCUUGCUUCAAAAUUCGAAAAAAAUCAUUUCUCCAAAAAUGUUCCGAUUUAUUGUAUUUACUAUUUUAUUAUUCUUGGCUGGCACUAACCAUGCUGCAUCAUUACAUCGAUUUCAUAGCGGUGAUUGUCCACGUAUAGAACCUAUGGCCAAUUUCAAUAUUGAUCGAUUUCUUGGAGAGUGGUUUGUGCUCGAAAAUGCCAAUGAUAAUGGACAAGUUUGUCUUCGUGAAGAAUUUAAUGCUAGCCAGGAAGCAGUUGUAGUGAUGCCCAAACAUGAUGAAAAUCUCUUCGAUAUGGCACGCAAUGAACUUGAGCCAACUGGCCGGCCAAAAUAUGAGACCGAGGAUGACAUGAAAAUCAUGGAAAAAGCUUAUUAUGUCAAGCGAAGCUAUCUACCGUUUGGUGGACGUCAAAUUAUCAGCGAAACAGGAAAAAUAUCAUUUUCAUCGAAUACAAGUCAAUCGGAAAUGGAAAUCAGCUUGCCUUAUGCUGAAACAGGAAUGCUCAAUAUUAAACAUUAUGAAGUUAUAUCCACUGAUUAUGAUCGAUUUGCUUUGGUUUGGCGCUGUCAAAAGACUAUUUUUGGUCAUCGUCGUUCAGCACAGCUCAUGUCACGACGAUCUGAAUUGGAUGAAAAGUCUCAACAAGAAUUGCAAUCAUUGAUACAACAUUUUGAAGCCCAACAUGAUAUUAAAUUCACACCUGUUCGUCAGACAAAUUGUAAUGAAGUCUCGGCUUUAGAAGCACAAGAAUCAACAAGUUCAACACCAAUGACAAAACGACCACCAUCAUCAUCGGUCGCCGACACUUCCCCUAUUCAUACUCAGGAUACUAAUGGCGAACCACCAAAAUCCAAAAACAAAAAAAAGCUGAUCAACAUUGAAAUCGGAAGUUUUCAGCUUAGUAUUUCCUAUCCUUUUUUCUAAAUUAUUUCAAAACCA